AUGCUCUCUUCUUUCCGGACGACGGGCCGCAAGAUUGUUGCAAUCGGCCGUAACUUUGCUGACCAUGCCAAGGAGCUCAACAAUGCCGUGCCCACCGAGCCCUUCUUCUUCUUGAAGCCGACGUCGAGCUACAUUGGCACGGGCGAUGCGAUCGAGAUCCCCAAGGGGAUCGUGGCGCACUUUGAAGUCGAGCUCGGCGUGGUUAUCGGCCAAAAAGGCCGCGAUAUCGCUGCGAACAACGCGAAGGACUACAUUGGCGGCUACGCGUUGGCGAUCGACAUGACAGCGCGCAACUUGCAGGACAAGGUGAAGAAGCAAGGCCUGCCGUGGUCGGCCGCCAAGGGCUUCGACACUUUUACGCCUGUGAGCGCGUUUAUCGGCAAGGACCAGAUCCCCGACCCGAACGACGUUGACCUCUGGCUCAAGGUCGACGGCGAGACGAAGCAGAAUGGAAACACGAGCGACAUGAUCUUCAACAUUCCCCAGCUACUUGAGCACGUCUCGUCGAUCAUGACGCUCGAAGCGGGCGACUUGCUCCUGACAGGCACGCCCAAGGGCGUCGGACAGGUCAAGGCCGGUCAGAAGAUCGACGCUGGUCUGCAGCUCCCUGGCUCGUCCAAGAUCCUUGCCGAGCUCCAGCUCCAGGUCAAGGACCGCGCCGGUGGCUUUACGUUCCGCGAGUAG